UCUGGAUUUUACUCUACCAACGGAGUUUAUCUAAAUCAGGCUAUUCCAUCUACUAGUAUCUUGAUAUUAGGACGACAGCGACGGGUGUCGGAAAGGUGUUACGAGGCAGAGAGUGAGGAUGCUGACUGGUAAAUUGGUAAAAGACAUUGACAGAUAUCAAGCUGUCCUUACCUCGUUACUAUCACUCGAGGAGAACAAAUUCUGCGCGGAUUGUGAAUCCAAAGGUCCCAGAUGGGCGUCAUGGAACCUGGGUAUAUUCAUCUGUAUCCGCUGUGCUGGGGUCCACAGGAACCUGGGUGUCCACAUCUCCAGGGUCAAGUCUGUCAACCUGGACCAAUGGACACAGGAACAGAUACAGUGUGUUCAGGAGAUGGGGAAUGCCAAGGCCAGACGACUUUAUGAAGCUUUCCUGCCAGAGUGCUUCAUACGACCAGAGACUGACCAGUCAGCAGAGAUGUUCAUCAGGGACAAAUAUGAGAAGAAGAAGUACAUGGACAAGAUCCUAGAUGUCAACAGGCUUAGAAAAGAGAAGAGCUGUGAAAACAUCCCCAUGGAGCCAGUAGUGUUUGAGAAGAUGAAGUUGAAGAGAGAAAACAGCCCAAAGACACAGAUACAGUCUCCAUCUAUCUCAGACCUCCUAGGACUUGAUGCUCCUGCUCCUCAUGCUGUUGUAUCUAAUGGUAGAUCCAGCCCUGGAGAGAGAGGGUGUCCUGCGGCGGCUAACCCAGCUACGAUGCACUCUGACCUGAAUCUAUUCAGCCCCCUGCCUGCCUCCUCCACCACCUCCACACCGGUGGGUAGCUCCAUGCCCAGGGGUUGUGUGGCUGCGUCGGUACCCGAGAACCUCAGCCUGUUCCUGGACUCAGCACCCAGACAGGAGGGCUCUAGGACAAAGAUGUCUAAGGACUCCAUCCUCUCCCUCUACGCAACCACACCCACAUGGCACCAGAACCUGGCUGCACGAGCUGGCCUGUACAUGAACCCAGCCCAGCUGGGCUACUACGGAUCAUACCAUUCCCUGGCCACGCAGGGGGGAGCGAUGGGAGGAGGCAUGAUCACAUCACACUCCGGCAUGAUGGGAGCUCAGCAGAACGGCAUGAUGGGAGCUCAGCAGAACGGCAUGAUGGGAGCUCAGCAGAACGGCAUGAUGGGAGCUCAGCAGAACGGCAUGAUGGGAGCACCGCAGAACGGCAUGAUUGGAGCACCGCAGAACGGCAUGAUGGGAGUUCCGCAGAACGGCAUGAUGGGAGUUCCGCAGAACGGCAUGAUGGGAGCUCUGCAGAACGGUAUGACGGAAGCUCAGCAGAGCGGCAUGAUGGGGGCUCAGCAGAACGGCAUGAUGGGAGCUCAGCAGAACGGCAUGAUGGGAGCUCAGCAGAACGACAUUAUGGCAGCUCAGCAGAACGGUAUGACGGGAGCUCAGCAGAACGAUAUGAUGGGAGCUCCGCAGAACGGCAUGAUGGGAGUUCAGCAGAACGGCAUGAUGGGGGCUCAGCAGGACGUCAUGAUGGGAGCUCAGCAGAACGGCAUGAUGGGAGCUCCGCAGAACGGCAUGAUGGGAGCUCAGCAGAACGGUAUGAAGGGGGGAGUGGCGGCGGUGCCUCAGCAGGUGUACGGAGUACAGCAGUGUCAGCAGCAACAGUGGAACAUCACUCAGAUGACCCAGCACAUGGCAGAAGUGAACUUCUACGGAGCUAAUGGCAUGAUGGGAUAUGGCGGUCAGCACAUGGAAAGACCAACGACUCAAAGCUCCACCCACACGAUGACAUCACACAUCUGGAAGUGAUGUCAUUAUCUGAAGAGCAAGUGAAGUUGAUGUCACUGGAGCAGCAGUGGUUCUUGGGAGGUUUCGAUCUGGCCUCAUGUACAGGCCAGCUUUUCUACUAAACUCUCCAUCAGACAAUUAACAGGGGAGGAGGAGGAGGAG